AUAAAGCCCAGAGUUUUAUUCACUGAACAAGAGAAGAAGUGGCUUCUUUAUGUUAUACAAACUGGAGAAAUCGUUUAUUAUCUAAUUGGUUUGAAACGCUAAAAAUCACAAUGAGUCGGUCUUACAAUGAUGAGUUGCAGUUUUUGGAUAAAAUCGACAAGAAUUGCUGGCGAAUCAAGAAGGGCUUCGUCCCAAACAUGAAGGUUGAGGGUGUGUUCUAUGUCAAUGAUGCUCUGGAGAAAUUGAUGUUUGAGGAGUUGCGAAAUGCCUGCCGUGGAGGAGGCAUAGGGGGAUUUCUGCCUGCUAUGAAGCAAAUCGGAAAUGUGGCAGCUCUGCCAGGAAUUGUGCACAGAUCUAUAGGCCUACCUGAUGUCCACUCUGGAUAUGGCUUUGCCAUAGGAAACAUGGCCGCUUUUGACAUGAGUGACCCCUCUGCAGUUGUCUCUCCAGGUGGUGUUGGGUUUGACAUUAACUGUGGUGUGCGUCUGCUGAGGACCAACCUGGAUGAGGGAGAUGUGCAGCCGGUGAAGGAGCAGCUGGCACAGGCGCUGUUUGACCACAUCCCUGUAGGAGUGGGAUCCAAAGGAGUCAUUCCCAUGAAUGCCAAGGAUCUGGAAGAGGCUCUGGAGAUGGGUGUAGACUGGUCCCUGCGGGAGGGCUACGCCUGGGCGGAGGAUAAGGAACACUGUGAGGAGUACGGCCGCAUGCUGCAGGCUGACCCCAACAAGGUCUCCUCCAAGGCUAAAAAGAGAGGCCUGCCACAGUUAGGGACACUGGGAGCAGGGAAUCACUAUGCUGAGAUCCAGGUGGUAGACGAGAUAUAUAAUGACUAUGCGGCCAAGAAGAUGGGCAUCGACCACAGGGGCCAGGUGUGUGUGAUGAUCCACAGUGGGAGUCGUGGCCUGGGACACCAGGUAGCUACAGAUUCUUUGGUUGCCAUGGAGAAGGCGAUGAAGCGAGAUAACAUAAUAGUAAACGACCGGCAGCUUGCCUGUGCUCACAUCACCUCUCCUGAAGGCCAGGACUACCUGAAGGGCAUGGCUGCGGCAGGCAACUACGCGUGGGUCAACCGAUCAUCCAUGACUUUCCUUACACGCCAGGCCUUCUCUAAAGUGUUCAACACCACACCGGAUGACCUGGACAUGCACGUGAUAUACGACGUGUCCCACAACAUAGCAAAGGUGGAGGAGCACAUGGUGGAUGGGAAACAGAAAACACUGCUGGUGCACCGCAAAGGCUCCACGAGAGCCUUCCCCCCUCACCACCCUCUCAUAGCUGUAGACUACCAGCUCACUGGUCAACCUGUGCUGAUUGGAGGCACGAUGGGCACCUGCAGCUAUGUGCUGACGGGCACCGAGCAGGGCAUGACCGAGACGUUUGGCACAACCUGCCAUGGUGCUGGCCGAGCACUGUCCCGAGCCAAGUCCCGUAGGAAUCUGGAUUUCCAAGAUGUUUUGGAUAAAUUGGCGGACAUGGGCAUUGCCAUCAGAGUGGCUUCACCCAAACUGGUCAUGGAGGAGGCUCCUGAAUCUUACAAAAACGUGACGGAUGUGGUGAACACGUGCCACGAGGCCGGCAUCAGCAAAAAGGCCAUCAAACUCAGACCCAUCGCUGUCAUUAAGGGUUAAAUGCAGAGGCCUGACUACCAUCACCGCAGGGUUAAACCCAGAGAACACUUCCAAAUGCCACCAGCAGAACCUGCUGCGUGGAGGAAGAACAGAAGGGAGAGGUUCCUGCUCCUGCUGUAAGACCUCUGCACGCUGUUUACAGGGAUAGGCCUUUCCCUACAUCUAGGUCAUAUUGCACAGAGGAAAUAAAUAAAAAACAAACACACCCACCAGACUGGGAAGAGCUGAUUAAGUUGUUUUUUUUUUUUUUUUUUUUACUUAGCUUUAUUCUUAUAAAGUCUGAGUGAGUGAAAAUAGUAUCUUCUUUGUCAGAUUAAAAAGGAGUUUGUGAAAAAUAAAAGCAGCAAUGUUAAAUCCUUGUUCUUCUAGUUUACUACAUAGUGGCUUCACACUGCAAUCUGACAGUAAUGCCACAAAAAAUAUCCAUUAAACAGUAAAGUAACAUUAGAAAUGCUUUAGUAGUAGUGACAAAAGAUUGAUGCAUAUGUGAUUAUUUUUUAUAUCAGCUAAGAUAUCUUGGUGCAAAAAAGUGUACACCGUCUUUUUGAAAGUUUGGUGCAACUUUGGCAUCUUGGGUACAGACCGCAUUAAAGUUGACAUUUCUUUUA